AUGUCCAAGUACGAUAAUGUUAUCUCACUUCCUCAAACCAACCAAUUAAAGUGUCUGUAUUCGAUCAUCAGAGACAAGAACACUCAAAGAGGCGACUUUGUGUUUUACUCUGACCGGAUCAUCAGACUUUUGGUCGAGGAAGGCUUGAACCAGCUGCCUGUUGAGCCAUGCCAGAUUAAAACUCCGUUGGGAAUUUCCUACGACGGCCACAAGUUCCUGGGUAAGAUCUGUGGAGUUUCUAUCAUCAGAGCGGGCGAGAGUAUGGAACAAGGUUUGAGAGACUGUUGUAGAUCUGUCAGAUUAGGAAAGAUUCUUAUCCAAAGAGAUGAGGAAACAGCUACUCCGAAGUUGUUUUACGUCAAGCUUCCUGAAGAUAUUCCAGAAAGAUACGUUUUCCUGCUGGACCCUCUGCUUGCCACGGGCGGAUCUGCGUCGAUGGCCGUGGACGUUCUGUUGCAAAAGGGUGUCAAGGAAGAGAGAAUUUUAUUUUUGAACGUUCUGGCUAGUCCAGAAGGUAUCGAGGUGUUCAAGUCUAAGUAUCCAAAAAUCAAGGUCAUUACAGGAAUGAUCGACGACGGGUUGAACGAGAAGAAGUUUGUUGUUCCGGGACUCGGCGAUUUUGUCUUUGAUAACGGGUCGGGGACCAUUCGUGCCGGGUUUGCGGGCGACGAAAAGCCCAAGAUCAAUUACUCGAACCUGGUGGGUCGUCCAAAGUACGACCGAGUGAUGCCUUCUGCCGUGUCUCCAACAGACACUUUCAUCGGGUCGCGUGCACAGCAGCUUCGUGGGCUGCUGAAACUCAAGUAUCCGAUGAAAAACGGCAUGGUGGACGACUGGGAGUCGCUCGAGGCCGUUUGGGGCCAGGUCGUGCAGGAGCUCGAGGUCAAGACAGACCAGCAUCCGUUGCUCAUCACAGAGCAUCCUUUGAACCCGGCCAAGAACCGCGAUCAAUUGGCGGAAUUGAUCUUUGAAACGUUCAACUUUCCAGCACUGUACGUGGCGAUGCCCGCGGUGCUGUCGUUGUACUCGCUGGGCAAAACAACGGGCGUUGUUCUGGACUCUGGAGACGGUGUCACCACGGUGGUUCCGAUCUACGAAGGAUUCUCUGUUCCAGGAACGAUCAAACGACUCAACUUUGGCGGACGGGACAUCACACAGCAGAUGCAGCUGGAACUGAUGAAAAACGGCUAUUUUUUGUCCUCGUCGUCCGAGUUCGAGCUUGUGCGCAGCCUAAAGGAGCGUUUGUGCUACGUCAACCCCAACAUUCUGGACAAACAGCUGAAGGAGCCGCCUCUUGCGAGCGAAACAAAACAGUUCCGACUGCCGGAUGGCAAGGUGGUCAACGUGUCCAGCACGGCGUUGUCCCAGUGCACAGAACAGUAUUACCAGCCAGAAAAGUUUGGAAUAGAAGAGCUGCCGAUCCACCAGGUGCUAAUCAACUCUGUGCGGAAAACCAACUACGACCUCAGACCGCAGCUGUUUGAGAACAUCAUCCUCGCGGGCGGCUCGACGAUGUUCAAGAACUUUGGAGUGAGAAUACUCGAGGAAAUGAAGCACGAAGACCCCGACUUGCAACUGCGCAUCUACGCGUCGCCCGAACGACGCACAAACUGUUUCAUGGGCGGGUCGAUAUUGGCAAGUCUAAGUGUGUUCAAGCAAAUGUGGCUGACCAAGAGCGAAUACGAGGAAAACCCGCAGCUUCCGUUCUGUUUAGGCGUAAGAGGCUCGAGUAGCGGGCCGGUUUCUCCCGAUUUGAUCGGCGAAAGCUCCAGCGUCGACUUGCAGCUGAACGAGGAGGUGAACGGGAGAGACCGCGCAGCAAAAAUAGGGCCUCCUGGCGACUCCAAAAAUUGGUCUGGAUUGGGUUGCAACUCCUUGAACACUAUAUUAUCGCCCGCGGCAGAGGACGUCCAGGAGGAGGCAGGUGCUGUGAGUUCCGGAAUGGAGCCCAGAACCAUGUUCUGA